AUGAAGAUAACUGUAUACAACAGUGUUAUUGAUAAAAUGUUAAAUGGCAUCAAAGUUCGUUUCAGUCAAGAUACAUUAAAUUUAAUUGAUAGUGUUGGUAACUUAUUAAAACUAGAAAUAGAAAAAGAACAUAUACAAACUAUUUCUGAUACAUUUAGUUUAUCUUUUGAUCAACUCGAUACUGAAGUCAGACUGUUUACACAAAUAGAUGACAUACCAAGAGGAAGCAAUAAUAGCACAAGAACUCAGUGGUUGAAAUUUACUACCAUACCAGUCACUAGUUACUCUUGUGAAAGAGCUUUUUCAAAAAUGGCAAUAGUUAAAAAUAAAUUACGCAGUACAAUGGCUCAAGAAAGGUUAGAUGCCUUACUAACAAUUUUUAUUGAACAAGAAAUUGUAAACUCUUUAGAUAUGGAGGAAAUUAUUGAUGAGUUUAAAACACUAACAUCAAUCCAAAGAAGAUUACCAUUAUAA